AUGGAUUCAGUAGCGGUUCCGGAAUUCACAGCCAAGGAGGUUGCUGCCCACAGGGAAGCUGACGAUGCGUGGAUGGUGAUAAAUGGCGAAGUGUACGAUGUCACCAAGUACAUCCGCGACCAUCCCGGCGGUGCAGAUGUGCUCGUCGAGUCGGCCGGCACGGACGCUACAGAGGCGUUCGAUAACGCCGGCCACUCGGAGGACGCCUUCGAGAUCAUGGCAAACUACCGCAUAGGGAAGCUGAAGAACGCUGGCAAGAAGGCAGCGCCCAAGCCUGUCAGGGUUGUGGCCAGAGCCCAACCUCAGGAAGCGAACAAAGAACCACGACGUGGGGUGUCGACGGUAGCCAACCUCACGGCCCUCACUCUUGGUUCUGUCGGUAUAUACUAUGCCGCUCGCGCCGGCAACAACAGGCUUUUCGCACUCCCUACCGUCGAUAUGUCCAACAUAGACUGGCUGAAGUUUGGCCGCCCGAGGCCACAAGGGCAAAGCUUUGGCUUCAUGGAGGGUUUCCUCGUCGCGUCAGUCGUCUUCGGCGCGGCCAGCUCCGUGGCGGUCAAGAAGCUGCUGAAGCUGCUUCAUAUGAGCGAGGGCUUCGCCGGUUACCCACCGCACGUCAAGCUGCCAAAGUCGGUCACGCCCAAUCCGCUGAAUCAACAUGGCUGGCUAGACGCAGCGACGUUUCAACAUCUGCCUCUGGUAACCAAAGAGCUCAUUUCGCCGAACACGUAUCGGUUCGUGUUUCAGCUCCCGACGCCGCAGACGGUGCUUGGCCUCCCGAUCGGCCAGCACAUCUCCAUCAAAGCCGAUAUCGACGGCAAGACGGUGCAGCGGUCCUACACGCCCAUAUCCAACAACGCUGACCGUGGCAUCCUCGAGCUCGUCAUCAAGUACUACCCGGAUGGCCUGCUUACGGGCCGGUACCUAGCAAACCUGCAGGUCGGCGACGAGGUGCAGUUCCGCGGGCCCAAGGGCGCGAUGCGGUACCAGCGCAACAUGUGCAAGAGGAUCGGCAUGCUGGCGGGCGGCACGGGCAUCACGCCCAUGUACCAGCUGAUCCGGGCCAUCUGCGAGGACGACCGCGACACCACCGAGGUCAGCCUCAUCUACGCGAACCGGACCGAGGCGGACAUCCUGCUGCGGACGGAGCUCGAGGCCUUCGCGCGGCGGUAUCCGCGGAACCUCAAGGUCUACUACCUGCUGGACCAGCCGCCGAAGGGCUGGGCGCACGGCUCGGGGUAUUUGACGAAGGAGCUCAUGGCGGAGCGCUUCCCGCGGCCGAGCGCCGACGCCAAGGUCAUGAUUUGUGGACCGCCGGGUAUGGUCGCGGCGGCGAAGAGAUCGCUGACCGAGUUGGGGUUCGAGAAGCCUGGUGCCAUGUCCAAGGCAGCGGAUCAGACCUUUUACUUCUAG